GGAAAUGAAAAUGGCGGUGCAAGAUGGAGGGGGAAAGGAUGAAUUGAAAACACAGUUUAUUACAAGAGAAGGGAUUUACAGACUAAUGACUCUAUCAGAAUAUUCUCGGCCCAACAGGGUGGGCUAUACAAAUACCCAAGGCAGUGCUGCUGUACGUGUGUCUUUCGUAACGUUACCUGAUCCAAGUGGUAAUGGUGACAGAAUUUGCUUCAAUUUUGGUAGGGAGCUUUAUGUUUACGUGUAUAAGGGCGUUAAGAAGGCCGCAGAUUUAACAAAACCGGUUGAUAAGAAAAUGUACAAAGGCACUAAUCCAACCUGUCAUGACUUUAACUCAGUUACAAUGACUCCAGACAGUGUUUAUCUCGUAGUGGGAUUUUCCACAGGACAAAUACAGCUCAUUGAUCCAAUAAAGAAAGAACUGAGCAAACUGUAUAAUGAAGAGAGGCUAAUAGACAAAACUAAGGUCACCUGUAUCAAGUGGGUCCCUGGAUCAGCAAAUUUGUUUUUGGUGUCUCAUAGCAGCGGACAGCUGUAUUUAUACAACGAAGAACUGCCUUGUGGCACGACACCACCUCAUUACCAACCGUUCAAGCACGGCGAUGGCUUUGCCAUACACACUUGCAAGACAAAAAGCACCCGCAACCCCCUCUACAGGUGGGUCGUCGGCUCGGAAGGUUGCUGCAUCAACGAGUUUGCGUUUUCGCCGUGUGGUAGCCACCUGGCGAUCGUUUCUCAGGAUGGUUUCUUGCGAGUUUUUCAUUACGACACCAUGGACCUGUUGGGUGCAGCGAGGAGCUAUUUCGGAGGAUUCCUGUGCGUGUGUUGGUCCCCGGACGGGCGGUACGUCGUGGUGGGGGGGGAGGACGAUCUCGUGACGGUGUGGAGCUUCCACGAGAGGAGGGUGGUGGCGAGGGGGCAGGGCCACCGCAGUUGGGUGAGCGUCGUCGCCUUCGACCCGUACACGACUUCGUACGGUGAGCCGGACAGUGCAGUGGACUUCAGCGGUGGCUCGGACGACGAGGGCUCCAUACCGCAGGUGCAUCGCAACCAUUCCGCCAGCGCCGCGCACAACCCUAGCGUCCAGGGUGAUGGCAAAGACAGGACCGCCGGCAAUAGGAACUCCGUGUCGGGCGGUGCGUCCAAUAGAAACUCGUUCGGUUCGGACUUCAACAAGGUGAACUCGACGGCGGCCACGUGCUACAGGCUGGGCUCGGUGGGUCAGGACACACAGCUGUGCCUGUGGGACAUCACGGAGGACCUUCUGAAGCAACCGGUGACGUGCAAAUCCAGAACUACCAGUUGCGUGGGCAUGGGGGGUCUCGGGACCGUGGGAGUGAAUGGUUCGGCGACGAGCGGCAGCUUCCACGGGAAUACCGCUGUGAGCGGCUGUAACAACGUGUCUGCCUCGUCGCUGAACAACACGGUGACCGGCAAGUUCAAGGACCAUCUGGCGGAUGGGACGACUACGUUUGCGAUGGACAAUCACAUCCUCAAUAAUUCGACUGUUAGCACGAUGAUGCCGUCUCUUACUCACAGGCUAGCGGGACUUGGUUUCGGUGACAAGAAAGAUACCGGUGGGGUCCAUAAGCGUAACUUUAGUUUACCGUCUCGCAGCGGAAGCUCGGGUCCUGAUAAAAACAUCACGUCGGGAUCGUGUCGUAGCAGUGGGGCGCACAGACUGUCGCCGGACGAUCCUAUGAGGCUGAUCGGUACGGGAGCGUGUCCAAGGUUUGACGAGUGUCCUGUGUUAGAGCCGUUGGUUUGUAAAAAGAUUUCUCACGAACGUCUGACUGCACUCGUCUUUAGGGAAGAUUGUUUUGUGACUGCUUGCCAAGAUGGCUACGUUUACACUUGGGCGAGACCAGGCAAAAUGGGCGUGUCGUCGCACAUCCCCUCCAGCCCCACGGUGGUGACGGCCGCGGCGGUGGGCCACGGCGGCACGGUGGUAUAGCGCGCCUGGCACGGCCUCUGGCUGCCAGGGGCGACGCCCGGCCCAGCGCAGCGCUUGCUGCUGCUGAGGGCCGUGGCGCCAUCACUCUUCUAGCCACGGCCGUCCAGUCCCUCGACAACGCGACUGAACCCCCCCCCCCCCCUCCCGCACCUCCCCUCCGGAAGCCUCGACCAAAUGAAGCACUUGCAAGUGACCGUUUGAGAUUGGUUUUCUGUUGCAAAACUUGCUGUUCGGUGUGAACAGAGUAGUAGGUUUUUACAAGAAAAUUUUAUUGAGGCAAUCUCCUCUUGCCAUUAUGUAACCGAUGUCGGAUCCAUGCCAGUUAAACACACGGGCAUGUUCGGAAAUAAUUAUUGUUCUAGUAGUGGAUAGUUGUAACGUAUAUUUUUGUCGCAAGACACACUCGUGUUUCAGGUACAAAAAAGAGUAUAGCAUUGUUAAACUGUUGCUGGUUCUAUUUAAUUGCUUUAGAGUAUGUUUUAUUGUUAUCGUAACAAAAUUGCUCCUGCUAUAGUCCUGUUGUCUGUUUCAAGUAAGCUACCGCUUGGUUUCAUAAUUUUUUCUUAACAGUUGCUAUUAAUUUUUGUACAUGUAAGUAAUUUUAUGUUGCAUGUGAGCAGUUGGCAAGAAAUCCUAUUUUGACUGUGAAUUUUAACUGUGCGGAUGUGUGGUAGAUCAAAUCGUGCAUAUUAGUAGCAGUAAGUAAUAUGUGCACAGUACAUAACCAAAUUAAAAUUUUUACGUUGUUUCAAAAGCUUCCAUUUGGGGAAAUAAGGGUUUCCUAAAAAUAAAUAAAUUAAUAAAUUACCCUAGAAUACAUAUGUUAAUUUUUAUCACUAUUGACAGUCAUGAACUGUACAUAUAUUUAGUAUAAUGGUUGUAAAAUUUGGCUUUUACUUGAAGUACAUAACACUUUUUUGUAUACAAAUAUAAUCUUUUUUUAUGAUGUAUUUUCUAUAAUGUAUGAACAUUGCCUGAGAGAUAUCUGAAGUCAAGGUUGCCACAAGUAGCUAUAGCAAACAGGGAAAAGUCGGGGAAAUUAAAAUGGUUAGGGAGUUCCUUGGAAAGUAAGGGACGUAACCCCAUAUUUCUGGAAUUUAUUCUUGUGACAGCAAAAUUAAAUCGGAAAUACUGCUUCUGUUGACAUUUAGGCACAUAAAAAAUUACUAAAACUUUUAAUAUAAAAUUCAGUUGAUUUUCCUUUCCUGUACUCCUAGGCUUUUGACAUAAAAACAUAGGAAGGAAAACUUAUUUCUGCAUGUUUACACACAAAUUUGAUAUUGUACAUUCAAUAGUUUUAGGUGAAUCAAUAGCAAUUGUUUACAAACACAUGUAGAAAUCUAAAAUGGUGUUUAUUUUGCUAAGGUGACACAUUUGAAUGGCAUGUACAAUAUAUUUUUUCCCCCAGAAAGCAUACCGAGUGGAAUUAGUUAUGUCUGGAAGUUCAGGAAAACUUGUAGAUUCAGAUAUGAAAAUCUUGGAAAUUCAUGGAAUUUUGGAUUUGCAGGUUUUUUGCAACCCUGUAAGUUCAAUUUUUAUGAAAUACCUUUGCAAUAUUGUGCCUUACUCGGAGUCAAGCCCACUAGCCAUCACACUAGAGGUUUCUUCUUGCCAACUUUUCUAUGAUGGUCUGCUUUGAAUUUUGCUACAAUAUUUGCACAUUUUACACUUACUGGAGUUAUAAGUUGAACACAUUAAUUUCAUAGUUACAAUAUGUAUCAAGCAGGAGCUUUCAAAAUGUUGCACAUAUUAUUUUUAUAUUGGGAGAUAAAGUGUACUUGUAACAAUGUUUCUCCCUUUUGUUUUAUUUACUCAUUUUUGCAAAUGUAUUGUUAUCUGCAAUAAUAUAUAUUUAUGUAAUGGACAUACCAACAGAUCAGGGAAACAUUGCAAUAUUAAUUAAAAAAGUCAUUGUAGAGCAACAUGACGGAAUUAUUGUUUUCACCUAUUUUGUUGGUUUAUUGAUAUUUAUUGUAGAAAAUUAUUAUUCUAGCUCAGUUUUAGUGAGUGGAGUUUGAAACUAUAUUGGUUUGUCAAGCUGAUAUAAGCUAUGGUUUCUGUUGUUUUUAAAUUGACGUGGAAUUAUGAGAGUUAAAGGAAAAAAAAGUGCAUUUACUUUUAAAAGUAGCGCAUUUAUGUAAUUUUCUCUCAUGAUGAUACUGUUCCUAUGAAAAGAUUAUGUUGUACAUAAUAUUUUUAUGAACGUACUAGCGGAGAAAGGAACAGACAGCUACAAGUGGAGUGGUGUGCGACUGCUUUGUUCUGUUGACAGUUUUACGGCAUGAAUUAACAUUGCUGCAUCAUCCCUAUUAUGUUCUUGCAGUUAUCUUUCUCUCUCUUUUACUUCCUUGGAUAAUGGAAUGUGCAGAAAUUUGUUCCCUCCAUCAAAUGGUGAUGUAAGUUCUGUGGUGUUUCAUGUGUACUUUCGUCUCACUGGACUGAGCCGUUGUUAGAUAUCAACUCUUAGAAUAAAAGAUUAAUAAAAUAUUAAAAGUGUUGUCAGGCUACACUUCAUGCUGUUGCUGUUGCAUAAUCACUAACAAGUAGCAUACCAAAAAAAAUACGAGGAGGAGAGGUUUGGAAGUGGAAGCAAAUAGUAAUUUUACAUCACUGUAUUUUAGUCUAGACCUUAACAUUAAGGGACCCGUCUGGUCGGGGCAGCAUCUGUGUUGGUGAGGCAGGAUGAUAAUUGUGAUGCUCGCUGGUGCUUCUAGCUCGGUAGGUAUCACUUCUAAGUGCAAGGCUCUUAACUGGUGCAAAGUCUUCUUGUCAUGCAUGAGACAACUUUUAAAAUUUGAGUGGUAAACAUAACAUUGUAUGGCAGAAGAAAAUUAAUUCAGUGGUGUAAUUAAAGUCCCUUGAGUGUUUGCAAGAAUCUCUUAAGUUUAAAAAUAAAAUCUGGGAACAAAACUUGUUGCCUGCCUUGUAAACAAAAAACACUUGGAUAUUCUUGAUUGGUGUUUUCGUGAAGCUCUGCACAUAGUGGUUGUGCCCCAGGUAGGCGGAGCCCUUAAAGUCCUGAUAAAUACGUUACAUGUUGUGUAAUUUAUUAUUGAAUAUGUUAUACCUUUUUUAAUUUACUCAAAAUAGGAGUAAUUCAGGUUUUUUUUUCUUUUCAUGUAACAGUUUGGUUAGUUGUAAGCAUCCAUGUAUUUCUUUCUUGUUUACAUUAAAAUGGAACCUGAACUAACCCAUUUUAAGAGAGAGUAUAUUGGUUUGUUUGGAAAGGAAUGAACACAACCAGUUUUUUAAAUUCCUUUGGUGUCGACAUACUUAAUUCAGUUGCUGUUAAAAAGAUAAAUCAACCUGUGUAACCAGACAUUAUCACCAGAUGAGUACGAAGUAUAGAUCAACAUGUUAGCUUCAAUGAAUAGGUAGCAGCUCAAGCGUAGUUAAUUUUAUGUUCUGUUUUAAAUUUAUGCUUCUGUUGUGGUUGUGGAAAAACUAUAGUUACCUACUUAAUAUUUUUUUUAAUGUACAUUCUCAUUUUCUGACGAAAAAUUUUGCAGAAUUCGAAACUUUUAACAUAAGUGACAUUGGCAGGAUUUAUGUAAAAUUAUUACCAAUAAAUUACUGUGAAAAUUUUAUUUUGUAGCUGUAUGCAUAAACAUAUUCAAAUUGCAAUAAUACCCUGAACUUAUUCAAUAGGUGGGACAGAGUGAUAACUGUUUAAGUCGAAUUCGCUUAAGUCAUGGUACAAUUUCACAUAUAAAUGCAUACAUUGAAAUUAUGUUUAGUUAGGACUGGAAGCUAAAGAAAAAAAUGUAGGAAAAAAAUGUGUAAUAAAAUCUUAGAAAACACAACAAAUUACAUUAUUAUGAAUUGCAAAAAUGUAAACUGACAUUUUGAUGUAGAAGGCUUCAUAAAAUCUAACAAAGUCAUCUGAUGGAUCAAAGAUUGUUUCUUCUCAUGCAAAAUUUCCUUGUAGCACGCCAACAAUAGUGUAGACGGAGUGGAGAGUCAUUAGACUGUAAAACGAUAGACGGACGAAUUGACGAGAAGAUUUAAAAAUUGCAUGAUUUGGGAUUCGUGUAAGACAGGGUAGUGAACGUCUAGGUAUUACUGUAUUUUUAUGAUUACCAGUCAGGUUUUUUUUAAAUUUAGAAAUUAUCCUUCAUACAUUUGUUUUAUGUGAAAGACAAAUUAAAAUUUAUUUUCAAUAUUUUCUAGAACCUUUCUGCACUUUUAGAUUUAUAAACAACAUUAAAGAUAAAACUUAAAUUGGAAGUUUCGUAAGUGCAUAGUUCUACAGUCUGAUUGCUGUGUACCUUUUGUUUUAAAGUCUGGUUAAUCACUGAACACUUAUUAAGAUGCUUGCUGUCCAUAGAUUAAUUUUUCGUACUUUUUAAUGUUUGGCUAAUUUAUAUGUCACCGAUACUUGGUAAAAUACCUCAUUCAAGUAGAACUUUAUGUAUUUGAACAUUUUUAUUACUAUAAGAUUACUAUUUAAAGAAAGAAUAUUGUGAGGCUUCUUCACGAAUAAAAAUGCUGAUUCAAGCACAUGCAGAGUUGCCAGUAAUUUCUGUACUGUUCCUCUGAAGGAUUGUAUUCAUUUAUCUGUUUAUUCUUAAUUUUUUUAUAGAAAUAGUAUGAAAAUAAGUUUCUUGAUGAAUAGUAGUUUUUCUAACCUUUUUUACCAGCAGUAUUGUUACUAGAUUAGUGUUUCUGGAAUUACUGCAUUUAUAAAUUUUUUCUGAUAACAUUACCAUACUUUUUUGCUGGACAAAUGCUACUUUUUUGUCACUCAAAGCAUACUGAAUAAUUUUGUAUUUUCUCGUUAGUUGGACUUUUACAAAGGGUAGCAAUGGAAUUUUCAAUUAUACAUAGUUAAUCACUGAACAACCAUUAUGGUUUACUUCUGUUUUUGCAAGAUUGCUUUCAUACAUAAGCAAUAUUCAAUGAUGUUGUUACACAAAGAAAAAAAUGAUUCUUAAACUUAACAACUACCCCAAAAUUUGCUGCAGUUAUUAUCAACAUUGUGAUUCUGUUUUUGUGUAAAGCCCUGAAAACAGUGUUAACCUAUUUACAUAUUGUUUCCUGAUCUUAUUAAUAUACUGACAAACCUUUCAAACCUAUCUUCCUCGAUCUUGGAGUAAUUUAAAUAGACUACAGAUACAGUGUAGCCUGUAUGCUAAAAUUUAUUUUAUGAUACUGUUUCUUGGAAUCAUGGGACCGAAUUGGAGUUCUCAAAAACAUUGUUUUUUAAACAAUGCAGUCUAACAUUAUUAUACUUGGCAACUGAUAUAAGGGCCAUUGACAUUUGUGAUCUAAAUUAUAAGAAUUAUUUAUGUAUUAAUCAUUGUGAUAGUGUAGUGUUUAGAAUUUUAGUUGAUUAUUAACCAAAGAUACAGUUUAAGUAUUAGAAAUUUUAGACUAUGUGCAUUCCACUUUAGCUUAAGGGAACUCUCAAAAGUUGUAUGGGAAAAUGUAUAUAAUAAAAUGUACAUAAAAUGUGAUGGUGUGUGUAAGUAAUUUCGUUUCAAACAUAUGGGCUGCAAAAAAAGUGUGUAUAGGUGUGUUGUUAGCACAUGUAUAAAUUUAAAAUUUGUUCAGGAAUGUAAUAUCAUUAACAAACACAAAUAAAUUACCCCGUCGAAAAGGAUUUUAAGUCGGAAUGGGGCAGUUUUUUAACCACUGUCAUUUUUUAAUAACUGGUUUUGCAUAAGAACAUACGGAAGCAUCUGUAAAGCUUUAUUUUCUAAUAUCACAAAUAAUUUUGUAUAGGUAUUGAUAUGUCUGCUGUAACAGCCUUUUUACCGUUAAUGAUUUUUGGCUAGUCAAUUUGUGGCUUGAUUUUUCAUGGUUCUCGAAGUAUGCACUGUUUGAGCGCAUCUGCAAAUUCCUGGUUAUUUUUCCAGUUUUUGUCUGUUAAAUGCCACAGUUUUGUCAUGCCAUUUUAUUCAAUACUGCAAUUGAAAUGGGUUGAAUUCAUUAUGGUUAAAAUAUUCCUUUAUCAGUAUUUGUUUCUGAUCGAUGUACAAGACUCACAAUGUCAUCAUUGCUUUCUGGAAAAAAUUAAAUGUUUACACAUCAUAUAACAUUCAUAUAUAUAGUUUUUUUUUCUAUCCUGCAUUGAAUAGUUAUCCACACUUUAGUUUAACUUAUAACUUUAAGGCACAAUUUGUGAUUAAGAGCCUCUUUUUUAUAAGCAAUUUUAAAAUGACACUGCUUUGAUAGUUACAGUGCCAAAGAAAAUUGGUGAUAGUAUGGUGGAUACAAAGUGUUCAAGAUUGUGUGACGUGAAUGAAUGUGAAAAUUCAAUCUGUUAAAGGAUUCUGUACGUUACCAUAAAAUUAAGCAAAUAAAAAUGGUUGGUUGCUCCCGAGA